UCUCAUUCUCUUGGAUUUGCAGUGCAAAUGGUGAAUCUUAACCGGAUAUGCAAACACUUUAUUUACAUAGGAAUUACGAGGUUAAACCAAAAAUAUGUAGGUUUGUGAGAUAUGCAGCAUAUUUUGUGUAAGAAUCAAAUUUAAACAAAUCUAAUAUGUUGCAUUUGUAAAUUUUAUCUUGCACAAUCCUGAGAUCAUACAUAUACGAGGGGAACGGGGAAAAAUUCGCCGGAUAUAUGGUACUGCUUGGAGGAUUCCUUGGCCUUAGCGAUUCAAGAUCUUCUUGAAUGAAAAAAAAUACAGAUAAUUGUAGCGGUCACACUAUCGACCGUGUGGGCUGCUCCUCAGGACUACUACAAUUCUCAACAAUAUCCGUCACAUUCGAUCGCGGGGAAUAAACCAGCAAUACCAAUUGUUUCGGAAACGAAUGAGAUGAAUACAGAUGGAUCUUUCAGCUAUAGCUAUGCAACAGGUGAUGGCCAGCAGGUCCAGGCUCAAGGCUACUUGAAGAAUCCGGGCGUGAAAGACAACGAAGCCGAAGUAAUCCAGGGCUCGUACUCGUAUACCGCACCAGAUGGUACUCCAAUAACAGUCACCUACAUCGCAGACGAACUGGGCUUCAGAGCUGAAGGAGCCCAUCUACCUACUCCGCCUCCCAUUCCAGAGGCCAUCCAGAGAGCGCUGGAGUUGAUCGCGCAGGCACAAAAGCAAGGGACUCUGGACACUGGAGAAUACAGGCCACAACACCAGCAACACCAAAGGCCUAAUUCGUCGCACCAGCAGCGGCCAACGCAUUAUCCUAGACCAUUUUCUUUUUAGGAUUCUUAAGAUGAUUAAAAUUAACUGUAUUUAUGGAUAUUAAAGUAAGG